CCAAGGGCUCCCUCUCCGUUUGCUGCAUUCCCGGAGCAGCUGGCGGCUGCGGGCGGCCGGCGUGCGGGCAAGCCUGCCCCUGCCAGGCUGAGCGGGCAGUGCCGGGGCCACCAGCGGCAGCGGCCAAAGAUGUGCCCGCUCGGGCCACUCCCGCGCUGAGAGUCUGAGACGUGCCCGCCGGCGCCUGCCCACCAUGUCGCAGAUGCUGCACAUCGAGAUCCCCAACUUCGGGAACACCGUGCUCGGCUGCCUCAACGAGCAGCGCCUGCUGGGCCUCUACUGUGAUGUGUCCAUUGUGGUCAAGGGCCAGGCCUUCAAGGCCCACCGGGCCGUCCUGGCCGCCAGCAGCCUCUACUUCCGAGACCUGUUCAGCGGCAACAGCAAGAGCGCCUUUGAGCUGCCGGGCACGGUGCCCCCCGCCUGCUUCCAGCAGAUCCUGUCCUUCUGCUACACGGGCAGGCUGACCAUGGCGGCCAGCGAGCAGCUCGUGGUCAUGUACACAGCCGGCUUCCUGCAGAUCCAGCACAUCGUGGAGCGCGGCACAGACCUCAUGUUCAAGGUGAGCUCGCCCCACUGCGACUCGCAGACCACUAUGAUCGAGGACGCCAGCUCCGAGCCCCAGAGCCCCUGCAACCAGCUGCAGCCGGCCGCUGCCACAGCCGCUCCCCCCUACGUCGUGUCCCCCUCCGUGCCCAUCCCGCUACUGACCCGCGUGAAGCAUGAAGCCAUGGAGCUGCCGCCGGCCGCCGGCCCGGGCCUGGCGUCUAAGCGCCCGCUGGAGACGGGGCCCCGGGAUGGUGCGACAGUGGCAGCGGGUGCUGCUGUGGCGGCAGGCGUGGCCCCUCUCAAGCUGCCCCGGGUCUCCUACUAUGGGGUGCCCAGCCUGGCCACCCUCAUCCCCAGCAUCCAGCAGGUGCCCUACUCCCAGGGGGAGAGGACCAGUCCAGGGGCCAGCAGCCUGCCCACCACCGACAGCCCCACCUCCUACCACAAUGAGGAGGACGAGGAGGACGAUGAGGCCUACGACACGAUGGUGGAGGAGCCGUACGGCCAGAUGUACAUCAAGGCCACAGGCAGCUAUGCAGUGCAAGAGAAGCCGGAACCAGUGCCGCUGGAGAGCCGCUCCUGCGUCCUCAUCCGCCGCGACCUGGUGGCCCUGCCCGCCAGCCUCAUCAGCCAGAUCGGGUACCGCUGCCACCCCAAGCUGUACUCGGAGGGGGACCCGGGUGAGAAGCUGGAGCUGGUGGCAGGCUCCGGGGUCUACAUCACACGCGGCCAGCUGAUGAACUGCCACCUGUGCGCAGGCGUGAAGCACAAGGUCCUGCUCCGGCGGCUCCUCGCCACCUUCUUUGACAGGAACACACUGGCCAACAGCUGUGGCACGGGCAUCCGUUCGUCCACCAGUGACCCCAGCCGCAAGCCGCUGGACAGCCGAGUCCUGAACGCUGUGAAAUUGUACUGUCAGAACUUCGCGCCCAGCUUCAAGGAGAGCGAGAUGAACGUGAUUGCCGCGGACAUGUGCACCAACGCCCGCCGGGUCCGGAAGCGCUGGCUGCCCAAGAUCAAGUCCAUGCUGCCCGAGGGUGUGGAGAUGUACCGCACGGUCAUGGGCUCCUCGGCCGCCGGUGUGCCCCUCGACCCCGAGUUCCCGCCCGCCGCGGCGCAGGUGUUCGAGCAGCGCAUCUACGCCGAGCGGCGCGGCGACGCCGCCACCAUCGUGGCUCUGAGAACUGACGCCGUGAAUGUCGACCUGGGCGCCGCCAACCCCGCCUUUGAGGCCAGUGAAGUGGCGGACGGGGCCGGCUCAGUCAUCCAGGAGGUGGCUGCACCCGAGCCGCUGCCCGCCGAUGGCCAGAGCCCCGGGCAGCCCUUCGAGCAGGGCAGCGCCAGCUCCAGCCGGCCCCCGACGCCGGCGGCGAGGAGACAGGAGGGCUCCUACACGGGGACCUUGUAGAGGAUGGGGAGACGCGCGAGGGACCGGGUACUAAAGCUGCUUGCAUGCGUUACUAAUACGACAAUGUGAUCAAGCCACUUACCUACUGAACUGCUACUGUUGCCUGAAAAAAAUGUGAUUUUUAUUCUGCUUGUAUUUAAAGUUUAUGAAGGAAACAAAUGCAUUUAUUAUACUGUAAACGGUUAGGCCCCUGCGACCCUGUGGCGAGAGAGGUCCCAGGGCUCCUUUUGAUACUCUCGAGGUUAGCCCCCUGCCCCUUCUUGGGGGGGAGGGGGGGCAAGAGGCCCCGGUGCCCCCUCUGCCCACUUCCCCCCCUUCCUGUUCCCUCUGCCCCGGGGACAAAGCCAGAGGCCGGCAGAGUGGGGGCAUGGGUCCCAGACACCCGUUCCUUACCCACAGGGA